AUGCAUUAUGAGCUCGUCAAAAAAAUUGAUAUAAAUCGCUCCGAAAGUAGAUUAGCUUGGAGUAUAAUUAUUGAGAAAUCUAAUUGGAAACCAACAAAAAGGCAUGAUAAGCAGAAAGCUCACGGAGGAUGAUUUUUUAGGCAAAAUAGUGAUUUUUUCAAUGGUUUUGUUCGGGGAGUAAAAAAUUUCUCACUCCCCUCCCCUCCGUGAGUGAACAAAAAAUUUUGUUCACCACGGAGGGGGGUUAAUUUUUUUUUUUAAAAAAUUUAUAUAUAAAUUUUUAUAAAAAAUAUUUUUUUUUCGAAAUUUAAAAAAAUCCUAAUUGACAAAAAUUGGAAAGCAAAUAUUAAUUUAAUUUAUAAAAUUCAUGUUUUAAAAAAGCAAUUCGUUUAAAAUUAAACAGAAUUAGCUCUAGAUUUCAUUAUACUAAUUAUCAUUUAUAUAUCAAUUUUUUUUCCAUAAAAAAUUUUUCUAUUAAAAAAAAUUUUUUGUUCACUCACGAGGGUGGGUUUUUGGGCAAAAAAUAGGGAUUUUUCUAAUGGUUUUGUUCACUCACGGAGGGGGGGAGUCAGUAUAUUCAAAGUAAAGCAUUAUAUAUUUUUGAUCUAUGUUUUAGUUAUAAUAAAAAGGUAUGUCGCAGCAUAGAUGAAUUGGCCACCAGAAGAAGAAGUCAAAGCUGACCCAUUCAUUCCUCCUCCACAAGGCGAGCCCCGUAGACGAUUCCGAGAUAAUGACGAAAACCAAAAUCGUCCUCGUUUCCCUCGCAACCAAGAUGGAAAAUCUCACGUAAUUCGCCCAAGUCUAGCAGGUGGCUUAUUAACCUUUAAACAAUUCAUGGAAAUGCAGCACGAGCACAUCCCACCUCAUGAGGCCCAACAAAUUUACGACGAAUAUAAAUCUAAAUACGAGCGCAAGCAUUUAGAGAUUUUCUUUAGUGAGCAUAACAAUGAGCAUUGGUUCAUUGAAAAAUAUGACCCAAUUUUCUCACAAAAAUGGCAAGAGGAGAGGCAUUUGGACGCGAAGGUCUCACACACAGCUUUUAUUGAGCUUACAAAGCACAAUGGGUUCUCAGGCCUGCGAUUAAAAAUACAGGACAAGCCAGUCGAAAAAAUUUCAGGGCCGCCUUAUUAUGGAUUUGAUCCAAAUUCGAUGACGCUGUUUUUGAAAAAUAUCCCAGUUAAUAUAUCAAGAUGAGAUGUACUGAACGUCGUUAAAACUUCUCCGGGGUUCGUUUCUUUAUCAAUGUCAGAGCCAUUGAAAACUCAAGGGUUUUCAAGAUUCGCAUGGGUCCUUUAUGAUACUGAAGACCAUUGUAAUGAAAGCUUGGAACUUCUGACUGGAAGAGUUGUGACUCCUGAUUUUAAACUUUCACCUGUAAAGUCCCAAAGUGUGUCUAGGAAAGAAUUGCGCCUUCAAGCUCCACAGCAUCCAAAUUCGAUUGAAUUAGACUGGAAACAGAGCUCAAGAUUAAUUUCGUUUAUUGAUAGAGAAAAAGGAAUCAUGGAAAACCAGCUUUUAAUUUCUGAAGAAAUGUUUGCAACGCUAUCAGAAGAAGAAAAAGAAAUGCAAUUAGAUUUACAGCUGCUCUAUUUAAGAAGAGUUCAUGCAUAUUGCUAUUAUUGCCAAGAAGAGUAUGAAGAUGAAAGAAUGCUCGCUGCAAAAUGCGGCCCAGCUCACAUAAGGACUAAUUAUGAUGAAUCUGCAGCCCGCCCUAUAGAGUUCGACCAGAAGAUUGAAGAAAGAAUUUUAAAAAAAAAUCCUGUGAAAAAGUACGAUAAAGAUGUAAAAAUUAUAUAGAACGACCCCGAACUGCAAAAAAAUGAUAUAUCUCCUUUGUUUAAGUUGUAAAACAGUCUUAUUUUAUUAAAAUUUUAUAUUAAAAUAUUUUAUAUUUAGCAAUGAGAAUCUAUUUAUAGCAAGAGUUGAUAAUGGAAUUCGAAAACAAAAACACAACUGAAGAAGAAGAAAAAAAAGUAAGAUGCAAUCUAUGCAAAAAAUUAUUCAGAAGCAGCGAAUUUGUAAAAAAGCAUUUGAAGACGAAACACUUGGAGGAUUAUCAAUUGGUUGUGAAGGAAAGAAUUAAAGCUAUUACUCUUGAAAAUUAUUUAGCGGAUCCUGAUAAGUUACAAAAUCAAAUACAGUUUGCUGGAGAAAGAUACAGAGGAAGAGGAAGAGGAGAAAGAAGUGAUAGGGGAGAGCAUAGAGAAAGAAGCGAUGCAGGGGAUAGGGAAAUGAAUUUUCCAAGAAAAAGGCCAGCGCCUGAUGAACCUUAUGAAGAUCUAGAUGAUCCUACAAAGCAUCAUAAAGGAAAAAGAAAUGUUGUGGAUUACAGCGAUAUUUAA